AGGGGACAGACAAAGUCCAAAGGAAGACUUGAAAUUCACCCUGGCUUCGGGGUUAACUCUGAGGUUUCUUUGCAAACUGCCAUUUGUAGUUUUCAACCCUAAACUCUCUCUCUCUCUAACAUCUGUGUGCUUACUCCAGAACUCUCCAACAGACUCGGGGGCAGGGUUUGUUUCAGACUCCCCAGGUCUUUUUUUUUAUCAGCUGAACUGGACCGUCAUGGCUUUGAUGCAUUGCUGGAAACAAUGUAAGUUUCUUCUCUGAACAGAAAAGAGUUGGUUGUAAGUCUAAGCAGGAUGGCUACUGAAAGCCCCAUGAGAAUGGUGGAGAGUGGUGGUGCUAGAAAGUGGUCCAGUUCUAAGGAUUCUGCUGUACUUGGAUCACCCUUAAGAAGUAUGGCAGCAGAGGAAUUAGGAUUGCUUCUGAAGAGGCAGGGAUUCCGUGGCGAUGAAACUGACACGAUUCCCAGUCGAAGUGGCAGUGCACCACCAAGUAUGGAGGGGUCAUUUGCUGCUAUUGGAAACCUUUUAGCUCAACACAACUCAGGCAUGAGUUCUAGCUUGGAAAGUUUAGGCAGUGUUAUUGAAAAUUGUGAGUCAGAAGAACAACUCCGCUCUGAUCCAGCCUACUUUGCAUACUACUGCUCCAAUGUCAACUUGAAUCCAAGGCUUCCUCCACCACUAUUGUCACGGGAGAAUCGGCGCCUGGUGCACCAUAUUGGUGGUUUUGGGAAUAAUUGGAGACCUGAAAGUGGCAAUGGAUCCCUGCAACUUCCCAAAAGUUCCCUUUCAACUCACAAGGAGGAGCCAAAUGAAGAUAGAUCACCUAGAGGAGCUUCAGAAAAUAGUGGCGUGUAUAUAUCUGGACAGAACACAACUUCUUUGGCAGGUCGACAUAAGAGUUUGGUGGAUCUCAUUCAGGAAGACUUCCCUCGGACCCCUUCUCCUGUAUACAGCCAGUCCCGUUCCUCAAGCCAUGCAGCAGAAGUAGGGAUUGAUCAUGAUGUCCAUGCAAUUUCAUCAAAUGUUUCUUCUGCCAGCAUGUCCAAAAUAUCAGAAUCAAAUGCUGGUUCUGAUGUUUGUGUUGAUACGUAUGCACUGGAGGUUGAUGCUUUGAGGUUGGUAUCCAUCAAUGAUCCUCCAAGUGCUGAUUUGCCAACUUCACCAUGUCGUGCUGGGACUCCAACCCAGCAAAAAGGUGAAUCCAGCACUAAAGGUACUGGAUUUGAGGUUGAUGCCUCGAUUAGAGGUUCCCAUCAAUCAGGCUCUGCCAGAAUGGAGUUGAGAACAAAAAACAAACAAGAUCAGCAAACUUAUGGAAGGAAUAUACCACAGCAUCAUUCACACAGCCAGCAAGGCAUUCCACAUCAGGUUCAAGUGAUUUCUCAAGGUACAAAUCCAUCUCACAGUAGCAUGGGAAAACCUUCUCAUGGUUAUCCUAAAUUCUCCUCCACUGAGGUACUUCCAUCAUCGCAUUCCCCUGCGAUGAGCCCUCCUUUCUAUGCACCACAAGGAGCUUUUAUGACUGCAGGGGCUCCCUUUUACCAGCCAUCUAGUGUAUACCCCCCACAGUAUAAUAUGGGUGGAUAUGCUGUUGGUUCCGCGUUUAUUUCCCCAUAUAUGCCUGGAUUUCCAUCUCACAGCACUAUUCCCGUGUCAUUUGGUGGUGCUCCUGGUCCAAGCAAUGAUGGUCGAACUGCUGAUGCUUCAGCAGUUCAACAAAUAGGUAGCUUGCAACAUCUGGCCAAGUUUUAUGGACAACAUGGAUUAAUGCUACAACCUUCUUUUGUGGACCCUCUUCACGCACAACUCUUUCAACAUCCUUUCGGGGAUGUAUAUAGUGCUGCUACUCCUCAUAAUCGUUUGGCAUCAAGCGGAACUACUGGGCCUCAGAUUGAUUCUUUCAUUCCACAGAAAGAUUUGGCAGCUGCUGCUCAUAUGGCCAAUCAGAAAGUUCUAACUUCAACAAAUGGAGGUUUAAGCAUUCCCGUUCCAGGAAAAAUAGGAAUUUCUGGUGGUAGCUAUUAUGGAGGUCCCCCAGGCAUGGGUGUCAUAACCCAUUUCCCAGCCUCACCUCUUACCAGUCCAGUGCUUCCAUCAUCUCCAGUAGGCGGAGUCAAUCAUCUAAGUCGGCGAACUGACUUGAGAUUUCCCCAAGGUUCCAGUAGAAAUUCAGGAUUAUAUUUCAGAGGUCAAGAACAGAGAGCAGUUAACAGCGCUGAUGACCCCAAAAGGCAUUACUUUCUUGAAGAACUAAAAUCAAACAAUGCCCGGAAAUUUGAACUCUCUGAUGUAGCAGGGCGCAUAGUUGAAUUCAGUGUUGACCAACAUGGCAGUCGAUUUAUUCAGCAAAAACUGGAAAAUUGCAAUGUUGAGGAAAAGGAGUCUGUAUUUAAAGAAGUUCUUCCUCAUGCUCCAAAACUAAUGACAGAUGUUUUUGGAAAUUAUGUUAUUCAAAAAUUUUUUGAACAUGGAAGUCCUGAACAGAGAAUAGAGCUUGCAGAAAAACUUUCUGGACAAAUGUUGCAGUUAAGUUUGCAAAUGUAUGGUUGUCGUGUAAUUCAGAAGGCCCUCGAAGUGAUUGAGCUUGAUCAGAAAGCAAAACUUGCUCAAGAGCUUGAUGGGCAUGUUAUGAGAUGCGUACAUGAUCAAAAUGGAAACCAUGUAAUACAGAAGUGUAUAGAAUGUGUACCCGCGGAGCAUAUUGAAUUUAUUAUAUCUGCGUUUCGAGGCCAAGUUGUCACACUGUCAACUCAUCCCUAUGGUUGCCGUGUCAUUCAGAGAGUUUUGGAGCAUUGUUCUGAUGAGCUGCAAAGUCAAUGUAUAGUUGAUGAGAUCUUAGAAUCUUCCUACCUUCUUGCUCAAGACCAGUAUGGCAACUAUGUUACCCAGCAUGUUUUGGAGAGGGGAAAGCCCCAUGAGAGGAGCCAAAUUAUCAGCAAGUUGACUGGGAAAAUUGUACAAAUGAGUCAGCAUAAGUAUGCAUCAAAUGUUGUCGAGAAGUGUUUGAAGCAUGCUGAUGCUGCUGAAAGGGAGCUCAUGAUUGGGGAGAUUAUUGGGCAGUCUGAGGAAAAUGACAACUUGCUGAUAAUGAUGAAGGACCAAUUUGCCAAUUAUGUUGUCCAAAAGAUACUUGAAACAAGCAAUGAUAAACAGAAGGAAAUAUUGCUCAGUCGUAUCAAUGCCCACCUUAAUGCUCUGAAGAAGUACACUUACGGGAAGCACAUUGUUGCCCGGUUCGAGCAACUAUGCGGUGAAGAAGGGCAAGUGCUGGAAACUUGAUCGGUUAGAAGAAGACACAGGGGCGAACUGACUGGGAAUGCUGAUCGUUGCAGGCAUGGAAACAUGGGGGGGCAGGAGAAGAGAAGAGAAGAGAACAUGGGAUGGACAGCUGAAACUCGGAGAAAUGGCAGGAAUGAGGGGUGUCGUGCCAUUUGUAGGUGCUUGUUGAGAUUGCAGAAUUUAAUAAAACAGAAUUAUAAUGUAUUAUAAAUAUACUCCUUUGAUUUGUAUAUUUUAUGUAUAGAAUUAAGUAAUGGUGAUUGGUGUCUUUUUUAUUUCA